AUGUCCAGCAAUGAGGAUUCUGUUCGAGAAGAGAGCGAAGAAAUUCGUACCGCUCGAAAAAGACUUGAGGCAAAUUCUGAUUGCCGCGAGGAACGGGUUCGCCGACUUCGAGAACUGACAGAUCUAUUAGUUGAGGAUCAUAACUUGGACGAGGCUAUACAGUGCCAUCUUGAAACGAUUAAGCCGAUACCUCAACAUCAAGUUCAAGCUGACGACCUCAUCGAUUUGGCUACUCUCAACUUCCGCCGAUUCUCUCUCAGUUUCGGUUGUGAGGGUUCUGAGGCUUCGUACCUAAAUCCCUUUGGUCUGAAAGACCUUGGAGACAUGCUUUUCGUUCGGUACAAGACAAAACAAAUUACAUGGGAGAUUGAGCAGUGUGUCAGCACUGACGAGAAACUUACCGACAUUUACCUGAGCUCACCUGACGCAUCCGAGGAUCUCGAAGAGGCUAUCAAGGUAUCGGAAGACGCACUCGCUAUGGUUGAAAGGGGCUGGCCGGAGCGACAUACAUACCUUUUACACCUAAGCAUCUUGUAUAAGUUGCUACAUUACAGGGAUGGAAUGAUGGACAGUCUCGAGAAUGCAGUUCAACUCGCCUAA